AUGCAAGAUGCUUCCUUGACCCUAUUUUCCCUUUUCUAUGAAACAAAAGCUAAGGCCAGUCUAGCGGGCAUCCAUCUAUUACGCUCCUACCCUAAUACAGCAGAUGCACCCGGCGUGACCUUUUUGGACCAGGUGUUCGGCCUAAUGGCAGCCCAGGCCCGAGUGGCGAUGGCUUCUGUCCUGGUUUAUUUCAUCCCGCUUCCUGGAGCCAGAUGCGAGGAGAACUGUGUCAAUGCUGAACAUUGCCUGUCCACCGACUGGGUACAUCUCUGGUAUAUAUGGUUGCUGGUGGUGGUUGGCGCAUUGCUUCUCCUGUGCGGUCUGACUUCAGUAUGCUUCCGCUGCUGUCUGAGCCGCCCGGAAAAUGGGGAAGAUGGGGCCCCAUCACCCUAUGAAGUGACCGUCAUUGCUUUUGACCACGACAGCACUCUCCAGAGUACCAUCACAUCCCUUCAGUCUGUGUUUGGCCCUGCAGCUCGGAGAAUCCUGGCCGUGACCCAUGCACACAGCUCCCUGGGUCCUCUACCCUCCUCUCUGGACACACUCCCAGGCUAUGAGGAAGCUCUUGGCAUGAGCCGUUUCACAGUGGCAAGGUGUGGGCAGAAAGCGCCUGACUUACCCUCGGUACCAGAGGAAAAGCAGCUGCCUCACACAGGGAAAGACUCUUCUCAGACAGAACCCCCAUCACAAUGAUGGGAAUGUUGAUGGUAUUCCUGAUAUCCAAGACAUCCUUAGAGUUGGGAAAGAUCCCCA